GAGAGGUCCGGGAAUCCCAAACAACACGGACAACGCGUCGCAACGCGUUCAACAAGGCGAACUUCGUCCGUCUCUCGAUUGCUUUGUUAUGCCGAUUGAGAGACGGAUGUUGGGGAUUGCAGAAGACGCGAAGGCCACGGUUUACAACCCUACGAUUAUUGUUAAUGUCUGCCCACCGACGCCAGAAGCUGGUCGCUCAGCUGAGGAGAAUGACUCACAGAGGGUUCUAUGUACUCAACAAUCAACGCAGUCGGCGGCCCUAGGAAUCUCGGCUCACAUCACACGCGUUUGCACGCCGGAACCACGGCUAGAGCAUCUUACUGUUCGUCAUGUCGCCGUGUUGGAGCGCGCCUUCACCCAAGACCAUAACCCCACGCAUGCGCAGGAAUGCUUGAUAGCUAACCAUCUCAAUGUUGAGGUGCGCGCUGUCAAAGCCUGGUAUCAAUUCAGAACUAGCAAUUUCCGGAGAGCUCAUUCAGCAGAAACGUUGAGAGCCCGUCAGCAGCAUUUUCCUACAUUGGAUGAAGUUGCAUGCACGAGAGAGCUACCCCAACCCCGUCCCCGAUCUGCUUACAACACGUCUUACCACCCCCAACACGCGCGUUAUAUCUGGGAACAUAUGGUAUCUUCGCCUCCUAGCUCUCCCCCACCAGUUCAUCGGCACAAGAGCCCCUCUCCUCCCACUUCGUCCGUGCAUAUGCCUGCUUUUAACUCCAGCUCGUUCUCAUCACUGAAACGGAAACCUAAUGUCACUAUGGAAUGGGCGUGUGCAAACGUGUCUUCGGCUUCUUGUACAGAAGAGACAGACCAGGAAGUCCUGACGCCGUCCGAUUGCCAAUCACUCGCAUCAAUUCCAACCACCUCCACUCGCUUGCCAGAACUGACACCAUACGGGCCCCCGUUGCCUUCCAAGGCAUUAGAGAAGCCCUACGGAAACUCGCGCACACUUUCUCGAUCACACACUCUCGGUUCCAAAAGCUUCUCGACGCUGCGUAUUCCGUCGACGCUUCAGAUACGCACUGUGCGCAAUGCUCAGGGGACCCCAAUCGUACGAGCAUCAUCCACCCCUUUGCUCCCCGUAUCAACCUCCAAGAAGCGUACACAUCAAGAACGAUCUGCUUCCGGUGGUUCAACGAGGCAAAAAGAGAUGGAUGCAGCACUUGCUCUUUGUGGGCUGUUGUCUUCUUGAGUGAAUACA